AAUGCCACAUGGUUUGUCCUAAGCAUCAUCAUCAUCUUCUUCUCCUCCUCCAUCUCUGCCCUUUCCUCUUUGUACUUCAUUUUCUUGGUUAGCAUUAGAAAAGUCUGAAAGCUACAAACAAGCUAAGCUGUCACUCUCUUCCCAUCUCCCUCUCUCUCUCUCUCUCUCUUCUAUACUACUACUACUUUCACAGUUGCACCAAUUUCAAACAAACCCUAAAUGGACAAAAAGAAAUUUUUUAUUAAAGUUAGAGAAGGAAGUGAUCUUGGUCCCUUCAUUUCCUUCUAGUUUCUCUUCAGCUCACCUCACUCUCUCUCUCACUGAUAUUUUCUUAAUAGAGUUGUAGUCUUUCAUUACAUUAUUCACUCUUUCUUUAAGUCCAUCUUUCUAUGUGCAGCAGAAACCUCCAAUGGCAUUUUGUUGACAGAUGGAAAACCAUUGUUCUUCUGCGCCAGCACCACUUAUCUGUGAUACAAUUACAAACAGCAAGAGAGAAGCUUAGUUGGGGGUUUGGGGGGAACACAAGCUUUAAUUAGAAGUAAAAGAGGUUUUUAUGGACUGGAACUUGAAAGCACCAUCUUCGUGGGAUUUAAGUGAACUUGAGCAAGAAACCUUUUCCAACUUAGACACAGUUAAUGGGUCUAGUAACCUUGGAGAUCAACAUAGGGCCAUCAAAGGGGACUUUUCUGUUGAUUUGAAGCUUGGUCAGUUGAGUGAUUCAGGUAAUAAUCAGUUGGUGGACAUGUUGAAGCAACAUGGAGGUCCCAAACCUUCAUCGUCAUCGCCUUCCGGGGCUUCAAAGAGGUCAAGGGCAGCUUAUAAUGGAUCCCAGACAGUUUCUUGCCUUGUUGACGGGUGUAGAUCAGACCUUAGUACUUGUAGGGAUUACCAUAGGCGCCAUAAGGUCUGUGAGCUGCAUUCUAAGACUCCAAUGGUCACAAUUAAUGGUCAGAAGCAACGAUUCUGCCAGCAAUGCAGCAGGUUCCAUUCACUGGAGGAAUUUGAUGAAGGAAAGAGAAGCUGCAGGAAACGUCUUGAUGGACACAACCGUAGGAGAAGGAAGCCUCAACCCGAACCCUUGUCGCGUUCAGGAAGCUUCUUGUCCAACUACCAAGGUACCCAAUUGUUGCCAUUCUCUAGCUCACUUGUAUAUCCCUCCACCACUGUUGUGAACCCAACCUGGGCUGGAGUUGUCAAAGCUGAAGCCGAUACGGGGCUUCAUAACCAGCAUCUACAACACCAGAACAUGUUUAUCGGGUCCUCAACCAGCAGCAGCAGCUACAAUAAAGGAGCAGGGAACAAGCAGCAAUUCACACUUUUCCAAAGUAGUAACAACAACCAAACUCAUGGAGCUUCUGUCUGCCAGCCCCUUCUGAAUAGCAUUUCAAUGUCAGAAACUGCUACUUCUGGGGCUGCUGCGUCUGAAAAGAGCAAAAUGUUUUGUGACAGGUUAACAACAACUCGAAUCCACCCCGAUUCGGAUUGUGCUCUCUCUCUUCUGUCAUCACCGCAGACGCAGCAGCAGACAUCUGAGAUGGGUUUGAGACACAUGAUGCAGCAGCCUAAUUCGAUAUCUCUCAUGCACCACCACCGCCUCGGCCUUCAUGGGAACAACAACAGCAACAGUAUAGAGCCAAUGGAUUCAGUUCUGGUCUCCCAUGGAUCAAGUGACCAUGCACAUAAUGUUCAUCAGUCCUCAGGAAUGUUCCACAUGGGAUCUGAUGAGUCACAGGGACAUCAUCAUCAUCAGAGCCCUCAAACACUUCCCUUUCAUUGGGAGUAGCAGCUACAAAGAAUCACCCGUUUCUUGUAGAUUACGUUGCAUAAUGUAUUUGGAACCUCCUGUAAGAUUUUGGAGGCCUUUCUUAAUUUCAUUAGUUCCUGGAAACAUAAUUACAGAUACUAGCAUUCAGAAUUUCAGAUACUUCCAGCUGCUAUAAAUAUAUUUGGCUCCUCAGGAAUCAUUGAUGGGAGACCGUUGCAGCCGAUCGAGUAGUCCUUUUUGUUUUA